CCAAGCGCGGCAGGGUGUGAGCGGCGGAGGCGCCCGAGCUUGCGGGGCUGGCUGCGGCUUCCAGCUCCUCGACCAUGCGCCCCGCGCCUCGCGCGCCUGGGCUGCUCCAGCUGUUCCUGCUGCUGCUGCUGCGCCUGGGUCUCUCGCCGGCCAGCGGCCAGACUGGAGACGGCUGUGGUCACUCAGUUCUGACACCAUACAGUGGGACAUUGACCUCCAAGAACUACCCCGGCACCUAUCCCAACUUCACAUCCUGUGAGUGGAAGAUUCACGUGGCUUCGGGGAGCUAUCUCAGCCUGGCCUUUGGAGACAUGGACAUUGAAAGCUCAGAACUUUGCAGAUCGGGCUUCGUAUUGCUUUCUUCUCCGUCUGAUGGUUCCAGAUAUGGCCCAUACUGCAGUAACGCAAAUCCGCGACACAAGGUUUUAGUGAUGAACUCCAGCUCAGUAACCAUCUUGUUCAACAGCACAGUGCAUCGCUCAGGACGAGGUUUCCUGCUUUCUUAUGCCAGGGGCAACCAGUCAGAUUUGAUUUCCUGCUUGCAGAAGGGAAUCCAUUACAAUCAGGAACGGAUCAGAGUUUAUUGUCCUGCGGGCUGCAAAGGAGUACCAGGAGACAUCUGGGGCAACACAAACCAAGGCUACCGAGAUACAUCAGUGCUUUGCAAAGCUGCUGUCCAUGCCGGUGUAAUCUUGGAUGAGCAGGGUGGGGAGAUCACCUUGUCACGAGAGAAGGGGAUCACUCUCUACGAAUCAGCCUCUGCCAAUGGACUCUAUUCACAAAGGGGAUCCUUAUCUGAAAAGCGCCUCAUCUUCCAUAAAGACUGCAACAGUGCCCUGCAGGUUGCCAGCUUCAACGCUUCAUCCUACUGGCAUGAACAGAACGUCCUGGGGGAGAGUCAGGCCUGGGGAGCUGAGCAAGCCGCUUUUGGGGCCAAUGGGGGCUCCUGGGCAGCGGAUCAGAGUUCUGUCAGUGAAUGGCUGGAGAUAGACUUGGGCGGAAAGAGGAACAUCACAGGGAUUAUAACCAAGGGAUCUUCUCAUAACUAUGACUACUAUGUAAAAUCCUACCGAGUUCUCUUCAGCAGGGAUGGCAAGAACUGGAACAGCUACAAGUCCAACAGCGGCAAGGAAGAGACGGUCUUUGAAGGAAACAGUGACAGCCGCCAAGAAGUCUCCAAUGCCUUCAUCCCGCCCAUCUUGGCCCGCUACCUCCGCGUCGUCCCCCUGAGCUGGAACCAGAGGGUCGCCCUGAAAGUGGCGCUGUUGGGGUGCCAAGCAGCUCGCCCGAAAGCCCCGCAUCCCUAUAGCAACAGUGGAACUCACGACAGCACCAAGGAGCAACCCAUCCUAACCAACAGCCCUCCCGCUUUCACCUCAAUCCCUGGGAUCAUUAUCAAUAAAGAAAAAACAGGGCCUCCAUUACUGGUGAUGCUGUUGAUUGGAGGAUUUGUGCUAGUCUCUUCUGCCCUCUUGCUGCUGGUUUUCCUCUGUCGUAAGAAGAGAAAGACAGCAGUGGAUCAGAACUGUGGCCUCAUAAAAGGUUACCCAACCUCAGAGGCUAGCCAGGUAUGUUCAGGAGGAAGCCUCCAGCUCUCUGCCUCCGAAAUUGGCUCGUUCCUUGGAGCUGAGACGCCCGUAGAUUUCAGCAGAGCUCAGUCCCCAGAUUAUGCAGAGCCAGACGUGGUCCAGCUAAGCCCCAGCAGCCAGACUGCCCCCACCACCUUCAAGCCCGCCCUGGACGAAGGCUACACACUCCCCCUAGUGGUGAACCACUACGACGUGCCGGGCCAAUACCACGAGUACGCGGAGCCCUUGCCGCCCGAGCCUGAGUACGCCACGCCCUUCACCGAGCAGCCCGCAGUGCCGGAGGGCGACGCCUGCAGGAAGAACAUCUGUGUGGUCAAAGUCCUUCCAUCACCCCAGAGCCAGGCCGGGUCGCUGGCAUCACCGGGCUGCCCGGAGCCCCAGCUGCAAUACGACUUCCCCAGUCCGCGGCCGGCGGGGAAAGCGGAUAGCACAGCGGGUGACGUGGGCCUGACGGACGGCUCCGCGGAGGCUGGCGCCAUCUACAUGGAGCCUCAAGGCGAUCGGACCCUCAGCCCAAGGGGCGAAAUUCCUGCUGCCCAGGCAGCGACGUCUCCACAAGGCAGCUGCUUCCAGCUCCAGGACUCCGCCCUCACGCACAUCUAUCACGAGCCCCUGUGAGCCACACGGCAAGAGAUCCCGUGCCAGGGACGGCCCUUUCAGGAGGCGAGGGGAGGUGGUUGCCUCGAGUGGCGGGUUAUUGGGGCGCCCACAAGAUGCACCGCCCCUGCCACCGCCGUUGGAGCAGCUUUUCGUGACUGGCCUGACCCUCGCAAGCUUUCCAAGCAACCCCUCCCGUCACACUCCUGGUAAAGCUUGCAAGCAGCACAAGGAGAGAAGAGGAGGCUGCUGGCAACCUUGCCUCCUCCCCGCCAGUUUUGGAAGGGGGCUGUUCCCCCAGGGUCAUAGGGCAAGGCCGCCUUUGGUAUUUUGUCUCGGGCACCAUCAUACCGUUGGCUGACCCUUCUCUGUGUCCAAGAUCCUGUGCUUAGAAUGAGGCCGAAGAUCUCUGCACAGAGAAUGGAGGGUCUUCUAGCCGAGGCAUCCGCUUGGUCUCCCACCAGCAAAAGGAAACGUUUCUUAAAUGACUCGUGGUCUCGAUGCUCACCUUCUGGAAAGCUUUGGCCCUUUGAACUCUUGUGGGGUGUGGCUGGGAUGUCCAACUUUAACAAUUACCUCUGGGUCAUCCUCACUGGGACUUGAAGGAACCAUUAUGUCUGUGUCAGGGUGUCUGUAAUAAUAUAUUAUGUAUAUAAUUUUCUCUGACGUUA